CACAAGCCCAAAUUUUCAAAGAACAGCAGGAGAUCCAGGAGUGGGUUUGGAAGAGGACUUCCAAAGAAGGGAGGAGCUGGAGGAAAAGGUGUCUGGGGGAAGCCUGGUUCAGAGCUGGAGGAGCAGGGUGACAUAGUUGACUCCCAUGAUCCCAACUAUGACUCUGAGUCCAUGGAUGAAGAUGUGCAGUUGAAGCCAGUUCCUGUGGAACUUACGGAGGAUGAAGUCAAGAAGCUGACCGAGACGCUGGUGCUCGAGUACUUCGACCAUGGCGACACGGCCGAGGUGGACGCGGCGCUGACGGAGCACUGGGCCAGCUUCAACAUCAAGAUCCGCUACCUCGUGGUGGUCGCCAUGGUGGAGGUGGCCAUGGACCACAAGCCGUCGCACCGCGAGAUGACCUCCGUGCUGCUGUCGGACCUCUACCAGGAGUGUCUGACACAGACCGACAUCUGUCGCGGCUUUGACGCGCUGCUCGCCUCGCUGCCCGACCUGGUGCUGGACUGUCCGGAGGCGUCCGACAUCCUGGGAAACUUCAUGGCCCGCUGCGUGGCCGACGACUGUCUGCCGCCCAAGUACCUGUCCAGCCACAAGGGCAGGGUGGAGUGUCGGCACGCCAUCAAGGCGCUGGACCGUGCCGACCUGCUCAUGAGCGUCAAGCACGGGAUGGUGCGCCUGGACAACGUGUGGGGCACGGGCGGGCCGCGCCGCCCCGUCCGCUACCUGGUCAAGCAGAUGAUCCUGCUGCUGAAGGAGUUCCUCAGCUCCAGCGACGUGGAAGAGGCCAUCCGGUGUCUGAAGGAGCUGGAGGUGCCGCACUUCCACCACGAGCUGGUGUACGAGGCGGUCACCAUGGCCAUUGAGCGUUCCGACACCAGGUCCAUCCAGGAGAUGGUGCGCCUGCUCAAGACCAUGUACGGCGCUUGCGUGCUCACCACCAACCAGAUGGACGAGGGCUUCCUGCGCGUCUACGACGCCAUGCCGGACACACAGCUGGACGUGCCGGACGCCUACGGCCUGCUGGAGCUCAUCGUCACGCUGGCCUUCCAGAAGGGCAUCAUCUCGCGCGACACCAUGCGCCGCAUGCCGACCAAGGGCCGCAAGCGGUUCGUCUCGGAGGGCGACGGGGGACGCAUCAAGGCGCGCGAGCUGCCCGGCCUCGCCUACUGAGCGAGCCGGCGGCCGGCCCGACCGGC